AUGUUGAUAGCGGCAGCUCUUUUCGGCGUCCAGCCGUCGCCCGCGGCGCUCCUCUCGUCGCCGCCGGUUCCAAUUUUGCGCGCCGUGGCCGGCCGGGCCGAGCCUGCGCUGCAGCGCACUGCCGCUGCGAGGUCCAUCGCCAUGUGUGAUGCCUCGGUGCUGCAGAUGCCGGAGCGGCCCGCGGCGGAGGAGGUGGCCGAGCGGAUACGGAGCCGCCUCACCCCCGAGGAGGAGCAGGGGCUCGCGCUCGACAUGAAGAUGCUGCGCCGGUGGACGGCGACGCGCGAGGAGCUGGCGGAGCGGCUGCAGAGGGCGCCGAGCCACUUCGAGUGGUCGGUGGCGAUCGGGUUCGUCGGGGACGAGCGCGCCUUUGUGCGCUCGCUCGCGCUGCUCUACCGCCAGCGGGAGCGCCUCAUCGUCUCGAACCUCCCGUUUGUGGCUCACAUCGCGCAGCG